CCUCUUGAUAAUAGACAGUACACUUCAACACCAUCCUUUCCUUCAUGAUGAUGCAUCAAGGGGAGUAAUUACAGUCACUACUGAGAGAUCGAUGAGUAAUGCUGACAACAAUACCUUAGUCUAUAAAACCCUGAUUUCCCUCAGCUGGAUUUGAACAUUUAUAGCAGGCACAGCAACAGAGUCUUUUGUGUUAAAUAUAAAGUGUAUUUUUUUAAAGGUUUUACGGCGACUUUCUUCACACAUGUACAACUGAAGCCCAGAUUUUGCAAAAACCACUUCAGGGUUUUAUUAAGGAAACCAGAAACAAUGAGGACCGUGACUCUCCUUCUGUGUUUUGGAAAUAUAUUUGUCAUACUACAGGCCAGUGAUCAGCAUUCAGACCCAUUCCCUGUAAUCACGCUCUAUGAAACAGCCUCCCCUGGUCUUUCAGCAAUGGAAAAACAGCAAUCCAACAGCUCGGCUCUUCCAACCCAAGUAACGGGAGGAAAAAUAGCUCAGCCCCCCAUGUGCAUGGAGUCAGCUGGAAUCAGAGGCGCCUUCAAAUAUGUCAACAUUAUGGUCUCUCUGGUGGUGUUUGUUGUUGGAAUUGUGGGGAAUUUGGCUCUGCUAAGAAUCAUAUAUGCAAAUAAAACCAUGAGAAGUGGACCUAACAUUAUCAUUGCAAACCUUGCUGUGGGGGAUCUGAUCCACAUUGUGAUAGACAUUCCAAUCAACUCAUACCGGCUCCUGGCCGAGGAUUGGCCCUUUGGUGUAAUAAUAUGCAAAUUCGUCCCCUUCAUCCAAAAAGCUUCUGUUGGGAUUACUGUUUUGAGCUUAUGUGCCUUGAGUGUUGACAGAUACCGCGCUGUUGUGUCCUGGAAUCAAAUCAAAGGCAUCUGGGUUUCUCUGCAAACAGCGAUUGAAAUAGUCCUGAUAUGGGUUUUUUCCAUCCUGCUGGCUGUUCCUGAAAUUGUCGGUUUUGAUAUGAUAACAAUGGACUAUAAAGAGAAGCAUCUGAGGAUAUGUCUGCUUCACCCCAUCCAAACCUCACAGUUCAUGCAGUUUUAUAAAUCUAUAAAAGACUGGUGGCUCUUUGGCUUUUACUUUUGUAUGCCGCUGACAUGGACAGCAGUUUUCUACACGCUGAUGACCAGGAAGAUGUUGAAAACGACUGAGAAUACAUUAAGUGACCACAUUAAACAGAGGCGAGAAGUCGCCAAAACUGUCUUCUGUCUGGUUAUCGUGUUUGCACUGUGCUGGUUGCCUCUAUACCUCAGCAGAAUCCUGAAAUGGACCAUGUAUAAUGAGAAGGAUCCUAACAGGUGCCAGCUACUGAGCGUCUUCCUUGUCCUCGACUAUUUCGGCAUUAACAUGGCAUCGCUGAACUCCUGCAUGAACCCUAUUGCAUUGUACAUUGUUAGCAAAAGAUUCAAGAGGUGUUUCAAGGCAUGUCUGUGCAGUUUGUGUCUGCCUCUUCAAGCCCAUGCCAAUGACGAAGUGGAGUCUGUUUUGAAGUCCAGAAUGCACGAUCAAGCCUCAGAGCAAGGCAGCAACUUCAAAGCUCACAAGGAGCCUCCACUUGUUAACACCUUACUAAGUUAACAGAAAUCCUGUGGAACUGUGAAAAUACUUUGUGAUCCUGUCUAUAGUUCUUUUUAUGGCUUUAAAAACAAUGACCAAAGGGGGACCUCCUGUCUGAGGCUCGGCAGCCUCCAACACGCCAACCCCAUAACGCAAAAUAGCCUCUGAGUAACAUGGGGCGCUGUCUUUUGUUAUGCUGUUGUCAGCCGAACAUCUGCUUUGGCGUGAGCAACCUGGAGUGAGACUGUUCAGACUAGUUUAGACUAUUAUUUGCCCCCGAGGCUUGACUCGCUUCCAACCAUUACAUCAGACUUUACCUUGUACCUUUCCUGUAUCAUGCAUCACACUUUUAAAAAUGACUGUUUUGGGUGCAAUGUUAACUUGGCAGCCGAGAACAUGUAUCUUGUCACAGCUUAAGGCCUGCAUAUAUAUAUAUAUAUAUAUAUAUAUAUAUAUACACAUACAUAUAUUAAGCAAAAUGUGACAAAAUUUAAGCAGUUAGAGAAUAGAGGGUUCUCCAACUGCUUAAAUGCUCUUUUCAUUCCAGCUUUAUGUACAGCAUGUUAAAAGUUUACAGCUUCUUCCUUGAACCUGGAGAAAAACAUCAAAUUGGUGCCACGAGUAGAUUCAGUCUCUGCCACUGAACAAACUGAUUGAUGGUGGCCUAUUUUUAAUACAUUGUUAAAUGUGUAAUGCAUGGAGACACUUUAUGAAAGACCUGUGAGUGGGGAGGAAGGAAAAUGAAGAUGACAGAAUGAGGUCAAGAUGAGAGAGA